UGAACCAUGAUAUUCACUUAUUGUUGAACUUUUUAUCAUAAUAAAAGAUUCUUCUGUAGUAUGAGUAUGUGGGUAAUGCAGCAGCGAUGUCCAUGCAGAGGUGUAUAUGGUGUUUAUUCCAGUCUCAAUCGACUGGCCGCGUGAGAGCUGGAUAAGAUAAUCUUUUAAUCUUGAUGGUUGAUAGGCAUGAUUUGGUUAUAGGUUGUACAGCAAUCGAAUGAGGAUGGGAUUAGAUUAUCCACCAGCAAGUGACUUCGUUUGUGAAGGUUCCUGGCAGUGAACGGUUGGUGCUUCAAGAUGGCGUUGACAACUUCCCUUUCUACCGUGUUCACCAUGCUUUCAUGCGUCCUUUCUCUGGCAAGUUCUACUUCCGGUCAGAUGUGCACGGGAGACGAACUCACCCUACUGCUCAGCUCAGAAAACAUCUGCGAAGGCGGAAAUUUCACCGUUCAAUGCGAAGGAAAGACCGACGAUGUCGAAGUUUACAGGAAUGGAGAAGCGCUCUAUAACGGAACAACCCUGGCUCCAGAACUUCAAACGCGAGAGGUGUCCGUCAUACGCUCAUCCCAGAACAGUACUUGCCAAUCUGUGAUUUUAUCAUUCGAAGCAGCCACAAUUGAGGAUACGGGAAACUAUUCAUGUCGGACGAACGCGACAGAAUCAAGAGUCCGGAGACUUGUUGUUGACUCUAAGGUUUCUCAACAUGAUUGUCGGAUCAGCGCAGCCACCGGUCCUGUUGUAGAGAAAGGUGAGAACAUAUCUUGCAGUAGUUCAUCUGGACAACCAUCUUGGGUGAAUGACGACCCUGCAACGAUCACAGUCAACACCGGAAGUGACUCAGUCAUUGCUCUCGCCUUCCAUUCGGUGAGCUCAAUUCUGUUGACGACGCUUCAAUGCACCGUUGUUUCUUCAUCAAGUUCAUGUCCAUCCGUGUCGACGUCGUGUUUCGACCGUGUUCUCGUCGUACCAAAUCCCGUUGAUAGCUACCUAUCCUUGACACCUUUACAAGAAACUAUAAAUCCCGGUGGUUCUGCGACUUACUCCUGUGCUACGACUCUGAGCGGAGCCAGACUGGCGGUAGCUCCAACCGCAUCAGCAGAGGCGAUCCAACACACCCUUUUGCGCUUUAGUGAUACCUACAUCAAAAUCGUGUUCUCGAAUAUAACAAUGAAUUACACAGAACCCAUAGUACAGUGCAUGCUGCAGUACAAUGAAAGGCUAGUAACCAGUAUGUAUGCAUCAGUGAUUGUGGUGGAAGUAGAUGGGGCAACUACAACGGAACUUCCAGCAACAUCAAGUCAUGUUUCAACAGUAGCGAUAACAAAUAGUACAGAAUCUUCUGUGACACCGAUGGUGUAUCAAAGUACAACCGAAUAUCCAGCAACAACAGGUAAUUACUUUAGAAGCCCAACAAUAACCACCUCAAUGGUCAAUGUCAGAACUUUUAGAAUCAUAGACACACGAUACCUCAUCAUCGGUUUGGUGAUUGGAUUGCUUUUAUUCGUCGCCAUCGUCGUCCUAUGCGCUCUCAUGUUCAGGAAGCACGCGAGGAGGAGGAAAGGAGACUGGACGAUAUCGUCGGCGUCAUCGAGGCGUGGUCAGGCCGAAGUCGCGUCGAGUGGCAUCGAAGGCAGGCUCGAAUGGGAAACCGACGUCAACCCCUUAGUCGUGUUUGAGACCACCGCCAUCGAUCCUGUGGUCAGCGAUGACGACAACGGCUCCCUGACUCGAGAAGAUAUCGAGGACUCCCGAAUUCGUAGGAGUAAUGGGUACUCGAAACAUGUUAACGAGGAGACGCCACAGGUUUUGAGAUUCAAUGCAGUGAUCGAAAACCACGCCGAGCGUCAAACCGGAAGAUCGUCACCCCCAGUCUCACGCGAAAACGGGUACGUCAUCAACAAAGGAUUUUCUCCUGAUGAUCAAUCUAUUACCAUUCAUAGUGGAAACAUUCCGAAUGAUCUUCAUAUCAAACCACAUCAAGAUCUAACUACCCAGCAGACUAUCCCUAAUGGUCAUGUUAUCUUUGAACAAAGCGACAUUGAUGAACCGGUGAAUGCUGACCCUGACAAGGAGAUGGAUGUCGCCUCGCUUAAUUUCAUCGAUGCAACGAGACCGGACGCGAGUGAGUCCGACAAGGACUGGGACUCUGGUUUCAGUUUAGGUCACGACUCUAUCCUCUCGGAAAUCGACGAUGACGCCAUUAAUAUCAUAUCAGUCUGAUUGCCGCCACCCCUCCUUCCCGACAUGCCCGAGGAGAGAUAUACGGGGCAAAGUUGGGUCCAUGGGGAGGGCGUGCGGUCUACCCUACCAUUGAAGAUGAAGUGAUCAUAUUGGCAUAACUACACAAAAACACAGCGUCUAUUUUGUUAUAACAUGUAUAAGAAAGCCAUUUUCCUACAGCCUAAUUGAUAUUCAUCUUCAUGAAGUACAUACUGAAAGUUGGUCUUCCAAACGGUAAAUUGCCUAUUCCGAAUUUCGUCGACUGCCAACUCAUCCACUCACCACAUGGUCUACUUUCAUUUAGUCUAAUGCCAUUCUGUCCAUCAACAUUUCGUCUAACAACCAUUUGGUCCAAUCAUCACUUCGUCUAAUCACCAUUUCGUCUAUGACCAUUUCGUCUAAUAACCAGUUGGUCUAAUAUCCAUUUCAUUUUCAUUCAUUUUGCACAAUUUAACACUGAGUCCAAAUAUACGAAAUUGUAUUGGACUAAAUGGCUAUUGGACCAACUGGUGUUUAGACGGAAUGGCAUUAGACUAAAUGAAAGUAGACCAUGUGGUGAGUGGACGAACCGAUGGUAGACCAAAUUAUAGUUUACGAGUUGGUAAUUGGACGAAUUGGCAUUAGACGGAUUGGAAAUAAACUUUCCAAACUUUUGUUCAAUUCACCACUAUCCAUUGGCUUAUUGGGUUGGUCAGAUUCCUUCAGCAUUAUCAUUUUAGUCAAUUACGGAUUUUAAAUUGAAUUCUCAUAACUGUUCUUUUUUUUGGGGGGGGGGUACUACCUAUGAUACCGGGUGGGUGUUUCAUAAAGCUGUUCGUAAAGUUACGAAUGACUGGAACAUGUUCUUAGGUCAUAAAUCAAUUACAUAGGGAUCUCACAUAGCACAAGAAAGGAUCACCAGUUGUACAUAAAGUAAUUCGUAUCUUACGAACAGCUUUAUGAAACACCCACCAGUGAAGUGUUUAAAAAAAAGAUAUGUCGGAUGUUUUGUUGGACAAGUCCUGUUUUAUCCGUUAGUUAAUUUAGUAACAGUGCUUCCUAUAGCCAGUCAAAACCAAGGAAAGUUCUCGGAUCUGAUAACUUGUCAGACAACAGAAUGUUGAUGAAACUCUCCCCUGUGUUCCUUAAACUAAAGAUUAUUUGCUCAGCGACGCGACGACGAUCCAAGAACAGAGAAAAUGUAUUGCCAAACGCCCGUCAAGAACAACAAAGAAGUCUUUGUCGAAGAUAUGUGAAUGAAAACAGCAGUUUAGUCCUAAUUUUAAAAAAAAAUGAUAAUUUGCGUGUUUUCAUUAACUCUGAAACUUGGGACGAAACUGCUAAUCUGGUUCACAAAAUUUUUGACUUAAACCUCCCAGCUCUGCUUUCUCAUUUGACGGGGAUUUUCAACACAUUUACUGUGUUCUUGAAUCCUCCGUUCGGCGCUGAGCAAAAGUCCACCCCAACAAUAAGUUGAUUUGAAUAAAAAGAGAAAAAUCAAACAAGCAUAACACUGAAAAUUUCAUCAAGACCGGAUGUAAAAUAAGAAAGUUGUGACAUUUUAAAGUUUCGCUUAAUUUCACAAAACAGUUAUAUGAACAUCCCAAUUCGGUAUGCAUGAAAUGGGGGAACUGAUGACAUCACUCAUUAUUUCUUUUGUAUUUUAUUAUAUGAUUUUCAAGUGUGUUGGUCGCGUGCGAGUAACCUCCAGAUAAUAGGAUUUGUAUUGGAGGGGAUGUCAUUUUUAAUAAGAGCUUCUGCUGGUAAUGAAAAUUAAAGUUAUACUAAUGAUGAUCAUGAUAAUCCAAACGAUGAUCAUAACUAUGGUAAUUAAAAAUAUGAAUGUUAAUAAAAUUUUAUUGAUCGUUA